AUGGGUGUGAGUAAAUUAGAUGUCUUGUACAGAAAGCUGCUCCUCACUAAACUUUUCAUCAGAGGAUGGGGAAAGCCAGAGGAUCUGAAAAGAAUAUUUGAAUUCAGAAAGAUUAUUGGAAAUCGGGAGAAAUGCCAGACACUGGUUUCGAAAGAUUACCCUGUGUUCAUUGACAAGGUUGAGGAGCAAUCCGACUGUAAAAUCCUUGAGGGGCACUUCAUUUCCCCACUGGCUCAUUAUGUCCCAGGUAUCCUGCCAGUUGAAUCUCUUGUAGCAAGAUUUCAGUUCAUCAUACCCAGAAGAUGGAAUAGCAAGCACAGACCUGUGUGCAUUCAUUUAGCAGGCACUGGAGAUCAUCACUUCUGGAGGAGACGCACAUUAAUGGCACGCCCAAUGAUUAAAGAAGCGUGUAUGGCUUCCCUAUUGCUAGAAAAUCCUUAUUAUGGCUGUAGAAAACCUAAGGAUCAAAUACGGUCAUGUUUAAAAAAUGUGUCGGACCUGUUUGUGAUGGGAGGAGCUCUUGUUCUAGAAUCGGCAGCUCUUUUGCACUGGCUAGAGAGAGAAGGCUAUGGACCGCUAGGGAUGACUGGAAUAUCCAUGGGAGGACAUAUGGCUUCACUGGCAGUGACAAACUGGCCUAAACCAUUGCCUUUGAUUCCGUGCCUUUCCUGGUCAACAGCUUCUGCAGUCUUUACUACGGGUGUGUUGAGCAAGGCAGUGAACUGGAGAGAGCUGGAGAAACAGUAUUUUACGCAAACUGUUUAUGAAGAAGAAAUCAUUCAAAUGCUUGAAUACUGUGGUACGGAUUCUUUCAAGAUGGGACAAGACUUUGUUAAAAAUUUCCCUGAGAGCGUGGACAGUCUGGCGGAUGUGGACAUGACUUCCAGAAUGUUCGGCCUUGAUUCCUCAAGCAAGACUCUAUCUAAAGAAGCUGUUCACAGCUUUACCACAAAUAAAAGUACUCUAAGUGCCUCAUCAGAAAGACUCUUAAUACAAGACGCUCCUAAAAUGCAGUGCAUAAAUCAAACAUUUUCCACCAGCAGCAAUAUAAACUUAACCAGCCCACAAGGACACGGGAUGAAUAAAAGAAGAAAGUGUGAUACUUUACAGAGAGAAUCCUUAAGAUUCAUGAAAGGAGUGAUGGAUGAAUGUACCCAUGUAGCUAACUUCUCAGUUCCGGUUGACCCAAGUUUAAUCAUAGUUGUACAGGCUAAGGAGGAUGCAUAUAUUCCUCGCACUGGGGUGCGCAGUCUUCAAGAAAUCUGGCCCGGAUGUGAAAUUAGGUAUCUGGAUGGAGGUCAUGUCAGUGCCUACCUCUUCAAACAAGGACUCUUUAGACAAGCGAUUUAUGAUGCAUUUGACCGCUUUCUUCAGAAAUACACAGUUUAAAAAUCUACAGAACGUGUUCAAACUGAUGUCAUUUGUACUUCCGCUUACUGGAACUCGUAUUUGGAAAGCAAACCUCUUGCAGUGUUGAGUACAUGGUCACUGACUUUGAGUAUUGUAGGUAACAGUUAUCAAAAAUGGUAA